AUGUCAGCUAACCAAGCCCCCUACGACGCGCAGGCCUCAACAAACUACAAGGAAGCAUUCGCGCUCUUCGACAAGCGCGGCAACCAGCGCGUGCAGGUCGAGAGCCUGGGCGAUUUACUGAGAGCCUGUGGUCAGAAUCCUACUCUGAGCGAGAUUAGGGACCUGGAGAAGAAUGUUGGUGGGGAUUUCGACUUCGAGACCUUCUCCAAGAUGCUCAACCGCCCCGGGGGCUUCCGCGACCCUGGCGAACCAGAAGAAUACUGUCGCGGCUUCCAGGUCUUCGAUAAGGAUAUGACGGGAUUCAUUGGUGUGGGACAGCUUCGCUAUAUCCUGACGAAUCUGGGGGAGAAGAUGAGUGAUGAUGAGGUGGAUGAGUUGUUGAAGGCCGUGGAUACUAGUAGUGGGGAGAUUAAUUAUACUGAUCUCGUCCGCACGAUUCUCGCAAACUGA